AUGGUGUCGGAGAAGGCUUCUCUAGACCUCCUGCCGCCAGAGCUGGUGCAUCUAAUAUGUUAUUGGAUUCACGUGGACAGGAAAACAAUAAAUGGGGAUUCCAUUGAGCAGUGUGAACGCCCUGAUGGAUGGAGAGAUUCGGGACAUCACACGCAAUUCUCAAGAACUCUAGCCAGGUUGUCUCUCACAUCCAAGCGCUACCGCCAAAUUGCCCUACCGUAUCUUUACUCAUAUAUCGCACUUACGAAAUAUGAUGAAACGCAGCUGCCUCAAUUCAUCUAUACAUUAUGUCGCAACCCAGACUUGCGACCUCUGGUCAGAAAGAUUGAUAUCGAGGGCUUGCCACCAGGAUUCGCUUUUGGACCAGAGAUUGACGAAUCCGCCUUCAGCGAAGCCGCUGCAGAGUUUAAUCUUCCUCCUCUUAAUCUUUGCAGUUUCAAGGACUGUUACGACAUAUGCGGCAAGCUGCGCGACGUGUGUGGCCAUAGCCAGCGUCUGAUCAUUCUGCUCUUCUUGCUCACGCCUAACCUGGAAUAUGUGGGCAGUCUAUCGCCUUACAACUUUUUUGCUGUCGAGUUGGAAAAUGUGACAAGAAAGAAAGCAGCAGAGUCGACAGCCAUCUCUCCUUCUUUGCACUAUGCAUUCGGGUCGCUGCAUCACCUAUGGGCGGCUGGAGCUCAGGUAUACUAUAACGGGUUUCCAUUAUUUGACCUGGAAUAUGAACCUCAGGAUCUGGUUUUCAAAUUGGGCGCAUGGCUUGUUCCAAGUCUUCGCACCUUGAGAGUCCGUAUUGCAUGUACGUUCCGUCCAAUUCCAGUAGACGUACAUCUCGACAACCUGAAAGAAAUCACUUUGGACACAGCACUUCUCACAACCGAGGGCCUGAUUAGCUUGACUUCAGCUUGUAGAGUGUUGGAACGCUUCUCCUUCUACUCCAGAGGAAGCUGCCGUAUGUUCUCUGACCAUCUCUUGCUUGCUCUCCGCAGAAAAAUGCCCCCUGUCGAGUUUCUCCCCGAAGAUAUCGUCCCCGCCUUUUCACACCUCAAGGGCACUCUCCGACGCCUUGCUAUAAAUCGAUGGGAUGGUGCUCGAGGUGAUUUAACCUCUCACGCCAAUUUCACCUCCGAAACCAAGGAGAUGUAUGCAACUUGGCCACUCUGGAUGGGAAGUGGCAACUUGAUGGGCUCUUUGCAAGAUUUCACUGCCUUGGAGACUCUAAAACUCGACUCUACAUGUCUCUUUCACAAUCCCAGAAACCAGAUCCCACCAGAUCUCCCACCAGAUCAUCUCAUCGGGCGGCUGCCAAAGUCUAUAUGCCAUCUGGUUCUGCCAGGCGCCCCCACUCAAAUGAUUCCAGCACUUCAUGCAUUGGCCCUGGCAGCAGCCUCCAAAGAGUUUCCCGCCCUUCGACUAGUGGAGAUCACAUGCGAUGAGAUGGAUGGCCAAAAGCGGGAAAUAUCGAUACGCAACUCUUACAUUGGAGACUUUCUCGAGGAUACCUACUCCAAAUUUAUAAGCAUUGAUGAAUGGGGCCCUCUUGAGCAGAGAUUUUCAGAUGCUGGAGUCAAGUUGGUACAUAUAGAUUCUGGGAAUACCCGCUGUUUUGCAAGAGAUGUGCUUGUGAAUGCUGGGCUGGUGAAACCCGUAGAAAGGAAAUAUCGCACCCGAGGUAAUCUUCCCGAAUUCCCCUAA